CUUCGACCUAUAGCCCAGAUCUUGCUGACGCCAGUGUAACUCGCGGGCGCGUACUGAAAUCUCCGGCGGUCCGUAGUCCUCUCCGUGUCAGAAGUGCAGUUCUCGGGGUCGCGGGGCUGCGGAGGAGCUGUGCGCAUGCGCCAAGAGUGCUCUGCGCGUGCGCGGUGAGGCCUAGUCCCGGCAGCCGGGGUCCCGACCAAAGGCUCUGGGACCGUCCCCCGUUGAAGCCCCAGCAAUGGUCCACCGAGAACUGAAGCACUAGCAGGUGUGUGAGCUGAUCCUGCUUCCACGCUGCUUGUGCCAUUUGAUACAGAGACAGGAGGGCCUUCCUGAGAUGCCUGCCGUCCUCUUCCCGAGGCCCGAGGCUUCAAAAACCUCAGAGACUCCUUUAAAUACACCCAGGAACCUCCUUCACCCUGGUGAUGGCACAGAGGGACUGUUUUCUUACUCUUAGUCAGAAUGACUGCCAAGAAGGAAGACCAAGGUAGAGCAGUUGGAUCUCUGGCUCUCCCCACAGCUUCUCAGGCCUUACUAAACCCUUUUCUGAACCCAAGAACAAAGCUCACUUGAACAAAUGCUUUUAAGUCAUGAAUGAAAAAUCUUGCUCUUUCCAUAAUGAGAAAGAAUUAAGAGAUGCACAGGUUGAACAAGUGUCUGCUGGGUACUUCCCACCAUAUGGGAAAGAGAACAGUUUUCUUCCUGCAUUUGGAGGAAUUCCUAUCUCAGAGCUGAAGAACCUUGGCAUCCUCCGGGCCCUGACAACGGACGCUGAUGCCUGGGAGCCAGUUGUGAGUUCAGAGGUGCUCAGAGCCCAAGAAGAAUGGGAAGCGGUGGACAGCAUCCAGCCAGAGACCGGGAGCGGGGCUGGCUCCGAGCAGCUUGGGCAGCUAAUCUCCUUCUCUGAGGUCCUGCAGCACUUCCAGACUCUAGACCUGUCCUCCUUCAAGAAGAGAAUCCAGCCAACUGUCCGAAGGACCGGGCUCGCCGCCCUCCGGCACUGCCUCUUCGGGCCUCCUAAGCUCCACCAGGGCCUCCAUGAAGAAAGGGACUUGGUCCUAACCAUCGCUCAGUGUGGCCUGGAUAGCCAAGACCCCGUGCAUGGCCGAGUCCUCCAGACCAUCUACAGGAAGCUGACUGGCUCCAAGUUUGGCUGUGCCCUCCACGGAGACCACUGGGAAGAUCUGGGCUUCCAGGGAGCGAAUCCAGCCACGGACCUGAGAGGGGCAGGUUUCCUUGCCCUCCUGCAUCUGCUGUACCUGGUGAUGGACUCAAAAACUUUGCUGAUGGCACAGGAGAUUUUCCGACUGUCUCAUCACCACAUCCAGUACUUUCCCUUCUGUGUGAUGUCAGUGAACGUCACCCGCAUCGCAAUCCAGGCCUUGAGGGAGGACUGUCUCUCCAGAGAGUGCAACCGACAGCGAAAGGUCAUCCCGGUGGUGAACAGCUUCUAUGCAGCCACUUUCCUCCGCCUUGCCCAUGUCUGGAGGACACAGCGCAAGACCAUCUCAGACUCAGGCUUCGUCCUCAAAGACUUGGAAGCGUUGGCCAAGAAGAACCCGAAGCUGCUGCUCAAGGCCCUGGAGAGCUACUUGGCCCGUGUAUCACAGGGUCAGGCCUCCCUGCUGGGAGCCCACAAGUGCCGGGGCCCACAAGCCACACCCUCCAAGGACCUCACCUUCACGGGCGUGUGUGACCUGCCCCCACCCUCAUCCGAGGCCCACGGCUGAUCUGACCAGAAGCCGAGGGAUAGAAGGACGGACAAGCCGGGCCGCAGCUGCCUUCGGAGGGCCGUGUGAGCUGUGGAAGAAGCACCCAUGCUGGGCCAAGGCCGUUCCUGUUUCAGCAGGCGGCGUGGUCAGGAAAAGCCAAGGCCCCUCACCCACAUGAGCCAUUAGAUGGGGUUAGACUCAACCCACUCCCCAGACCUGUCUCCACAGCAAGCAUUUGGCCUUAGACUUCAUCUUAGUUGGACCACAGCUUACAGGGUUGGGUCCCCGUGAGGAGGUUCUUCAUAUCCCUGUGCUGAAGGAUAGUCCCAAGUAGAGGCCACCAGAAUUCUGACUCCCUGGCAGCAGGGCUGUCAGGCCCCAGAUGUCUGCAGGGCUGGAGAACUGUGUGGUUACCAUUGGCAGGGAGAACGCAUGGCGGCAGCCAGCGGGGCAGCUUGAACCAGAGCAAGUUGCCUGAUACGUCAGCUGGCUGGGUUUCCUUCCUCCCUCUGCCAGGCCCCUGUGGGGACGCUCGCAGCUUUCUGGCCUUGCCACUUAUCCCUGCUCUUCUCCCACUUCUUUCCCUAGUUCUCCCUUCCCCAAUUAUUUAUAGUAUAGAAGCUGGCAUUUGGCCAAGUCUCUUCCUUGGCUGCUCACCCUAAUCACCCCUCAGCAAGGGCUUCCUCACCUGUGGAGGCUGUUCAUUUCCCGUCAUGGAUAGUUUCCUGGCUUGGCUGAGGGAAGGAGGAAGUUCACACACCAGCAGUUUUUAAAUAAAGGGAUUGUUCUAGUUUAA